AUGCCUGUAUCAGUAUCAACCCCGCAGACCCUUUACGACAAGGUUCUCUCGAGCCACAUUGUCGACGAGAAGCUCGACGGCACAAUCUUGCUGUAUAUUGACAGACACCUGGUCCAUGAGGUGACAUCACCGCAAGCCUUUGAGGGUCUCAAGUCUGCCGGUCGCCAGGUCCGCAGACCAGACUGUACUCUGGCCACCACCGAUCACAACGUCCCAACCACAUCUCGAAAAGGCAUCAAGGACAUUGCCUCUUUCAUCAAGGAAGAUGAUUCUCGGGUACAAUGCGUUACCCUCGAGGAGAACGUCAAGGAGUUCGGUCUGACAUAUUUUGGCCUGGGUGACAAGCGCCAGGGAAUUGUCCAUGUCAUUGGACCUGAGCAGGGCUUCACCCUCCCUGGCACCACCGUCGUCUGCGGUGACAGCCAUACCUCUACACAUGGUGCGUUUGGCGCUCUGGCCUUUGGCAUUGGUACCAGUGAGGUGGAGCACGUCCUGGCUACCCAAUGCUUGAUUACCAAGCGCAGCAAGAACAUGCGCGUCCAGGUUGACGGAGAGCUUGCCCCCGGUGUCAGCUCCAAGGACAUCGCCCGCAUGUCCAUUUGCAACAUGUCCAUCGAGGGUGGUGCCCGUGCCGGUAUGGUUGCCCCUGACGAGAACACUUUCGAGUACCUCAGGGGCCGACCCUUGGCUCCCAAGUACGGAUCCGAGGAGUGGGAUAGAGCCGUUGCUUACUGGAAGUCCCUGGCCUCCGACGAGGGUGCCAAGUACGAUAUUGACGUAUUCAUUGACGGCAAGGACAUCAUCCCAACGGUCACCUGGGGCACCAGCCCCGAGGACGUUGUCCCAAUCACUGGCAAUGUUCCCGACCCCGAGACUUUUGCCACUGAGACCAAGAAGGCCGCUGGUCGCCGAAUGCUCGAGUACAUGGGACUCACAGCUGGAACUCCGAUGGAGGAGAUUGUUGUCGACAAGGUCUUUAUCGGUUCUUGCACCAACUCCAGAAUUGAGGACAUGCGAGCUGCUGCCCACGUUGUCAAGGGCAAGAAGAUCGCCGCCAACAUCAAGCGAGCCAUGGUUGUCCCUGGUUCCGGCCUCGUCAAGACACAGGCGGAGGCGGAGGGUAUCGACCAAGUCUUCAUUGAUGCCGGUUUCGAGUGGAGAGAGGCUGGUUGCAGUAUGUGCCUCGGCAUGAACCCUGACAUUCUGUCGCCCAAGGAACGCUGCGCCAGUACCUCAAACCGAAACUUUGAGGGUCGCCAGGGAGCUGGUGGUCGAACUCAUCUCAUGUCCCCUGUCAUGGCUGCCGCUGCUGCCAUUACCGGUAGGCUGACUGACGUCCGCAGGCUGGCUGAGUACACUGCCAGCCCUCAUGUCCAGGCUCGUAUCUCCCCCAGCCCUCCCGUUGAGGCUGCCCACGUCGAUGAGCGCGUCGAGGAUUCUGAUGAGCGAGAGGCCAUUGGCGAUCAGCCCCUGGAUCUCCAGCCCCACACCAACACCUUGACACCCAAGGGUGAUUCUACCGGCAUGCCCAAGUUCCUCACUCUCAAGGGAAUUACAGCUCCUAUGGACCUAGCCAACGUCGACACUGACGCUAUCAUCCCCAAGCAGUUCCUCAAGACUAUCAAGCGGACUGGCCUGGGAUCGGCUCUCUUCCACAACCUGCGCUAUCUUCCCGAUGGUGCCGAGAACCCUGACUUCGUCCUGAACAAGGAGCCGUACAGGAAUUCGAAGAUUCUGGUCUGCACCGGUGCCAACUUUGGCUGUGGCUCCUCUCGAGAGCACGCCCCUUGGGCCUUGCUGGACUUUGGCAUCAAGAGCGUCAUUGCGCCCUCGUUUGCUGACAUCUUCAACAACAACAUGUUCAAGAACGGCAUGCUUCCCAUCCAAAUCUCCAACAAGGCUGAUAUCGAUGCCAUCGCUGCCGAAGCUCGUGCCGGAAGAGAAGUGGAAAUCGACCUGCCCAACCAGCUCAUCAAGAACGGUGCCGGUGAAACAAUCUGCUCUUUUGACGUUGAGGAGUUCCGAAAGCACUGCCUGGUCAACGGCCUUGACGACAUUGGCCUGACCAUGCAGCUCAAUGAUAAGAUUGUCGAGUUUGAGAAGAAGAGGACCAUCCACACUCCUUGGCUGGAUGGCACUGCCUACCUGAAACGAGGCAAGGACGGUAGACUGGCUGCCAAGGCGGUGCCCGUGCCCAAGACAAAUCGCGGCGAUGAGAAGAAGGAGCCUCUGGAGUGGUAGUUUGGGUGCUUGAUGAUUUCUUUUCUAACGUCUCCUUUUAAUCUGUCUUGUGUCUUUCGUUCUUUAUGAUAUCUCAAAGACGAAUAAUUACGCCGAGUCUAUCAUUAAAUAGCCCAGUGCGGGUUGAUAAGACAAAGGGAUGAAAAUUAGUGGGUAUAGCCUUUAGGUAGCUUGCCAUAUUGGCCGAGGGCCAUGAAUCAAAAGGGAAACGCGUCGUUUGUGCGCACGU